AUGAAGACCCUAUCGGAUUCCAAAAACUCCAACUCGUUUGAGUUGGUGUCCAUCGACGACCAUUCCCAGUUGGAUGCUUCGACCUCAGAACCAACACACCCAGCACCAUCACCCAAACCACAGGGCUGUUGCUCAAUCUCUCCAAAAGGUCGACUCAUCGCCCUCGCCGGUUAUCUUCUGAUUGCUGGGCUUUCGAGUCUUUACUUUUGCCUCGUCCAGGCUGGUAUGGACACGAUCCAGAUUUGCGACUCUAUCGCUAACUGCAUGCUGUUCUCAACCCAGGGUUGGCCUGCCAUGGGCGAACAAAGUAUUGACCUUUUGGUCAUGUCCUACAUCUCUGGCAUCAUCUCUGUUGUCGGUGGUAUCCUUGGAGCCUUUGGGAUCCUUGCCGCCUAUAAGGAGUCGUCUACUAUGGUACGGUUUUUUGCCAAAGCCUGGUGGAUCAUGAUUGGCGUGUUCCUUGGAUCGACCGCAUUGACUCUCUUCCUGACGGUCAUCCACAGGGCCCGCUUCCUCGACCAAUGCAGCCUUGAGCACGAUGCUGUUCGCGGUACCUCUGAGUGCGGUGCCAUGUAUGUUGCAGCUCUGCUUGGUUCCGUCAUCGGAUGCCUCAUCGGUGUAACCAUGAUCUGGUGCUAUGGUGAAGAUGUGGUCCGCUACUCGAUCGAGCUUGGUGCACGCAAGGUCAAGGAACGACGCAUCAACAACAACAGCACGUAUAACCCAUAG